GUUUCUUACCAGUAUUGUUUACUGAGGACACUUCAAAGCGCAUAAAAGGAAACUCAAAAUGGCAGACAAUAUGACAGGAAUAACCAAUGGCAGCAAAUCAUCAGAUACUGUCCCUCCAAAGCGUUUCAUGCUCGAUGUGAUAAUCAUUCAGGUGCUGGUGGGCAUCUUCUUAUACAUCAACGGCCUCAUGAUCUUCACCUUCUUCAUGAAGGAGGCCUUUCGCACUGAUACCCGCUAUAUCCUUUUUGCCCACAUGCUCUUUGUGGAUUCCUCGGUGAUGGUGACGACAAACCUGGCUGUGCUGUUUAUGCACUAUGGUGUGGUGAUCCCCUUUGAGGUCUGUAUAGUGCUCAACCUGAUGAUGACCUGGUUGGAUUUCUGCACGCCUCUGACCUUGGUGGCCAUGUGCCUGGAGCGCUAUGUGGCUGUGUGUAAGCCCCUAAGGCACGCUGCCAUCUCCACGCCGAGGAUUAGAGUGGUGGGCCUGCUCCUCAUUUGGGGGCUGGGCUGUGUACCUGCCCUCGUCAUCAUCUUUUCUUGCACAGCCUCAGUCUCAGUUAAGCAGCUCAGCAUGAGAGUCUUGUGCUCCAUGGAUGCACUGAUUGUGAUUGAGUGGCAGAAGUACCUCCAAAUUGCUGUGUUCAAAUUCUAUUUCUUGCUCAUGUCCAUGGUCAUCGCCUUCACAUACGUCAAGGUGGCUGCAGCUGCCCGGUCUGCCUCUGGUGACAACAGCAAGUCAAGCGCCAAAGGAAACACCAGUGAGAUGAGCUCCUGCUAAAGCUUUUCGAACAACAACAACAACAACUCCGUUCUCAAAACUACUGGAAUCUCACCUAUCAGCUCUCGGUUUAAUAAUUAUGGACAGCAGGGCCAGUCCAGGACUUUUAUACCUAACUCAGGAGCUACUUAUUAGCGCUAAUUUUCAUCAUUUGUUUCUGCAGCCUUAAAGUGAUUAUAAAAAUUUACAUCAGGGCUUUGUGUUACCCACUGUACUGUACCAUAUCACAAUUGAUUCAUAUGUUAUUUCAGCACCCCCUUGUGGUGUUGAUUGAACACUGCAGGAGAUCAAAAUACAGAUGUUCAAUCAUUAGAUGGUGCUGUUUUCGGGCUGCUGACAUACGCACAUCU